GUGGGUGUAGGUAUGUAGGUACCGAAGGUAUGAGAAGAGAGCUGCGUGCGCGUUUGCGCGGUGAGAGGAACGCCGGGCGGCGGAGGCGGCGGAGGCGGCAGUAGAGCUUCUGCUGCAGUCGAUAUCUUACUCGCCCUGAUUACCCAUUUCGCGUGCUGAGCGAAGAACCCCCCGCAAAAUACGCGGUGAAAAAUAGACACUAGCCUUUUCGGAGGGGCGAUAUUUCCAACCCCGAAGAAAUAUAAAUAUCUAUCCACACGUAAGAAGUACGCAAAGUAUAAAGGAAAAAGUCGAAAAAGCAUAUACGAUCUGGGGGCGAGUCUAUCCCCUGGUAUACCCUGUGUUUAUAACUGUGAAGGCGAAAAAUAUACAUUAGAAAAUCUAGGUGUGUCGUAUCGUUGAUUCGCCGUGUUCGCCGAUAUAAACGAGAGAAGGUGUACCGGAGAGAGAAGGCGGAGAACGGCUCAACAUCACCUGCACAUCGACACGUUACACGCAGUGCAGUUGUAAAAAAGAAACAAAGAAUAAGAAGAAGUAAGCUCGAAGCUGUACAUACGGAACUCCGCGCCGUACGUCGCCGUCAACAAACUAACGUAACAUACCUACGGUCGCACAGCUAACGGUCGCAUAAAAUUUGAAACCGAACCGAGUUGGCAUCAGAGAUACUGCAGCACACGUGUUGUAAUAAAAUCCAGUAACUUAUAUGCUUUAAAAUCAAAUCGGUACAGGAAGUGCGUGCGUAUUAUUAUGGCGUGGGGCUACUGGAGCGCAACUUCCGUCGGUGACCGGGGACGGUCUCCUAGGCGUGAAAAGGAUAAACAAACUAUACAAAAUUCUCAACAAACACAACAACAACAACAACAAACUACCUCAUCAACGACAGCAGAAUUAUUGCAGGGUUCUUCGACGCUACAGCAAAUGCAGGGGGAUAUAUCAGCCCCUGGCGUAAUCGGGAGCGCAGGUGUUGUCGCCGGGGAAGACCCACCCUGCACGUUCAUGAUACAGGGUGGUUCGUUUUAUUCGUAUUCCGCAGCGGCUGCCGCCGCCGCUGCGGCAGCUGCUGGAAGAAGGGCAUCGGCGGCCGAAGGUGCAGCCCUACAAGCUGCGGUCUUACCGAGAGAUUCGCAGCACCAUCAGCAGCGAGGUUUCGGCCCAGGACCCAGUGGAAAUUUUCCACCUUCCCCCUGCAGCGAUUCGGCCGAAGACGAACAUCACGGUGUUUACGUACAUCAAGAUCCGUCAACAGUUCAGAUAAGACGUGCCAAUGCGGCGUUGAGAGGCGACGACGAAUCCGACGAUCCUGAUCAGGAUGACGUCGAACUCAUUUACGCGUCUAACGCUCUGGCGGCUGGCUGCCUUCUUCACGGACCUUGCAAUCCGAGCGGCGCUGCUGCUGCCGUUCUUGGCCAGGACGGUCUUCAAUCCAGCACGGGAUCCGCUAUGCACAUCGGGGAUUAUUCAGCUGCUGCCGUUGCUGCUGGCACCGCUCAAUUCGGCAGGUUCAAUAACAUCACCUGGGGUAGGUCGUGGCCUGCAGGCAGAGACUCGACAGAGUCUAACGGUACACGGAUUUUUCCAAAUGUACCUGCCGCACCAGGAAUGCCAUGUCAGGGAGAGGACAGGAGUAUCUACAGACGCGGAGCACGCAGAUGGAGAAAACUCUAUCGUGUCAAUGGUCAUAUAUUUCAGGCGAAACGUUUUAACCGGCGAGCGUUUUGCGCGUUCUGCCAAGAUCGGAUCUGGGGAUUGGGAAGGCAAGGUUUCAAAUGCAUUCAGUGCAAACUUCUUGUUCACAAGAAGUGUCAUAAGGUAGUUGGCAAGCCGUGCUUCAGCCUACACUCGUUGCAAAUAGCAGAACCGCUCGCAUCGGAUAGAAACGGUGACCAACAACAGUCGGAUUCAAUCCAUUGCCCUACUGUGGUACCACCAGAUGACGAAUCUUCGGAAUUGGCAACGGUUGAUGACCAUUCUCGCAACCGAGCUCCCGGUGAUGAAGGCGAAGAAUUGCCCCUGGAAGCUGGAACGGGUUCGGACAACAUGCACGAAUUGCAAAGGCAGUAUUCGUUGAGUGACUUCGAAUUGAUUCGAGUUAUCGGUCGUGGUUCUUACGCGAAAGUAUUGAUGGUCGAAUUGAAACGCACGCGGCGAAUUUACGCGAUGAAAGUUAUUAAAAAAGCACUGGUAACGGACGACGAAGAUAUCGACUGGGUACAGACGGAAAAACACGUUUUUGAGACUGCUUCGAAUCACCCGUUCCUCGUUGGUCUUCAUUCUUGCUUCCAAACACCGUCUCGCCUAUUUUUCGUCAUUGAAUUUGUUCGCGGUGGUGAUCUCAUGUUCCACAUGCAAAGGCAACGACGUCUACCCGAAGAACACGCUCGAUUUUAUGCCGCCGAGAUUAGCCUGGCUCUCAAUUUUCUGCAUCAAAAAGGAAUUAUUUACCGAGAUCUGAAACUGGAUAACGUGCUGUUAGACCACGAGGGUCACGUAAAAUUAACUGAUUAUGGAAUGUGCAAGGAAGGGGUGAGGGAAGGUGAUACAACAGCUACGUUCUGUGGUACGCCAAAUUACAUAGCACCGGAGAUUUUGAGAGGAGAAGAUUAUAGUUUCUCUGUCGAUUGGUGGGCGCUUGGAGUAUUGCUUUACGAAAUGUUGGCCGGUCGUAGUCCGUUCGAUAUAGCUGGGGCUUCCGAAAAUCCAGAUCAGAAUACAGAAGAUUACCUCUUCCAAGUAAUUUUACAAAAAACGAUCCGCAUACCGAGAUCACUCUCUGUCAAGGCAGCUUCCGUUCUUAAAGGAUUCCUAAGUAAAGACCCCGCGGAACGAUUGGGAUGCGGUUCUUCCGGAUUCUUUGACAUAGCUGGUCACUCAUUCUUCAAGGCGAUCGAUUGGGAUAUGGUACAUAAAUUCUUGAUAAUUAUAAGAAAAAAGCGAUACAUUCCUAUCGCGCCUAAUGGUUUUUAUUCUCAUACGACUCUAUCCCAUUUACAGUUGGAACAAAAACAAGUAACUCCGCCUUACAAACCAAGAUUAGAUUCCGACAGAGAUUUAGCAAACUUCCCACCAGAAUUUACCGACGAACCCGUCCAUCUUACGCCCGAUGACGCGAGGGUGAUCGAUAAGAUCGAUCAAAGUGAGUUCGAAGGAUUUGAGUAUGUGAACCCGCUACUGAUGUCCCUGGAAGACUGCGUGUGACAAGAGCCACUUUUCUUCCUGCAAACAGAACCGCAGCAACCGCGAUUUAUACAUGACCUGCAGGAUAGAUCGGCAACGCUUCAGCUCCAAACCCUCCCUCACAUGACUUCUGACUGUCGUCAUCGUUAUCGUAA